AUGCUUGACCGUUUGCUGAAGGUGAAAUGGCUGCACAGGAUCCCCUGGCCGAAUCCAGCAGUAGACGAUGCCAUCCGAGCUCCAAAGGUUGAUCUUCGUUUCAUCGGAGAAGACAACGCAUUUCCAGUCGUCAAUAGUCCAGUGUCUGUGUUGCCUUGCCCAGUUCAAUCGUGCCUUCCUGUGUUUUGCGCUGAGGAACGGUUUUUUGGUAUUUUUUUUGGAUUGAAAUCCGAUCUCUCGAAGGUUGCAAAGGAUCGUACGAUACGAGAUAUUGACACCACCAUCUCGAACAUGCUUAUACACCCCUACUCCUGUCUGCAGGAGGCCGAAAGGAGGUUUCUCUUGAUCUCAUUCUUGUCACGGGUCGAAAGAAUCCUAGGCCUUCCUGCCGGCUGCCUUUGUAGUGUGGGUAGACAUUUUGUACGGAUGUUGGAAACUGUUCCUAGACUGACAGACAGCCUCUUGGAGACAUUAGUGACAGAAUAGCCUGCUUGAAGAAGGUUGACGACCGAGUUUUCCUUGUCUUGACUGAUUUUUUCAUUGUUGCGAGAAUGGACAUACUGUAUAACACAAACACAUGCCUCGAGUACUUGCAGCGUCUCGCAAUGGGAAAACCGAUGGAGGAUCCUCUCUCAGUCACCAACUCUGAGGCCUCGG